GGGCCCAAUCAAUGAGAGGUGUUCUUGUUUUCUGGGCAGACUUUGCCACCAAUGUCAGUGCUGAACUCUGGCUGGCCCCACCGAGGGGAGAGACUCACUCCCCUGGAGCCAGGUCCACCAGCCAACUCAGACAGCGACCCAGGCCACCUGUUAGAGGAGGACCCUGAGGAGACCUCUGCUCAGGAUCCUGAAGUUCUGAGCUUGGGUCUCUCUGGCCUGGACACCAGCCGAGCGCUCAACUGGCCUCAGCUUCGGACCCUCCUGCAGCAGCUCCCUCCACAGGACAGCGAUGAGCGCUACUGCCUGGCCCUUGGGGAGGAGGAGCUGGCGGAGCUGCGGCUCUUCUGUGCCCAGCGGAGGCGGGAGGCCCUGGGACAGGGGGUGGCCUGCCUGGUACCUCCCAAGCUAAAAGAACGCACCUGUGAGAAGUGCAGGGAGCGACUGAGGCCAGGGGAGUAUGGAGUGUUCGCAGCCAGGGCAGGAGAGCGGCGCUGCUGGCACCAGGCUUGCUUCGCCUGCCAGGCUUGUGGCCAGGCCCUGAUAAACCUCAUCUACUUCUACCACGAUGGGCGUCUCUACUGCGGCCGUCAUCACGCCGAGCUGCUGCGGCCGCGCUGCCCUGCUUGUGACCAGCUGAUCUUCUCCCGGCGCUGCACUGAGGCGGAGGGACGGCGCUGGCACGAGAACCACUUCUGCUGCCAGGACUGCGCCGGGCCCUUGGGCGGGGGACGUUAUGCCCUGCCGGGGGGCGGCCCCUGCUGCCCCAGCUGCUUUGCGAGUCGCUAUUCGGACGCCGGCUCGAGGCGGGCCCCGACACUGGAAGGAAGGGCGUCCCUUGAGGAGGCGGCGCUCGACAGAGUCGAAGGAGGGGAUCGCGCUCCACUGACCGCCGCGACCUUCUCCCGAGCAGCCCUUGUCGCCGCUGCCGCCAGCUCCAGUCCGGAAACCCAGAGCGGGCUGCUUGGGUCCAGCCCGGAGCAGGAGUGCCGAGCUGGGGACAAGGCAGAGGCACUCAAAGAGCGGGAGCAGGGCGGCCUGGAGUUGCCCCUUGAUCCCAAGGAGGAUGCCCCCUGCCCCACCUGCUCCUCUUCCUCUGACUCUGACCCCGAAGACUUUUUCUUAGGCCAGCGCCUUCCCCGGCCCUGGAAGACCCCCGGAAGCCUCCAAGCUGAAGAAAGCGACACUUCCAGGAAGCAUUGCACCAUUUGCUAGUGGCGCAGCCUGGAGAAGGGCGAGUGGGGGGGUGUGAUCUGUAAGGCGGGAGAGCGAGGCUAUAAAAAUCCUAGACUGAGCGCAAUCAGGGGCACGCCUGGGAGAGGCGGCGAGAUAAACUUGGAGUGCCACCUCUUCAGCCAGCGCAUUCUGUGACUUUUGAUGCAGAAUUCUUGG